UGCAAAACACAGAAUUCAUAGUUUUCAAGUUUUCUCUCUGAUUGUUGUCCUCUAGUUAGAGCUUUUGAUUGAUAAAUGCAUUGAGUUCUUUAACUUUUAUUGUGUGGAAAAGAGAAAGUCACAGCCAUCUGCCUUUCAGUGUAGACAGCCGCAUCUUAAUCCAGAUUAUGGCUGCAGCAUAAACGUUUUUUGUUUUUUUUCUGGCCGCCAUUCGUAGUCAACAGUGUGCCCUUGAUAACAGACAGGCAGGUCGGUUAGCCUAGCUCCAAUUAGACCACCAACAAUCCAUCUGACGGACCUCUCUGCUGGAAACUAAGGAAUUUCACCAAAAGAUUUCAGGAAAUCGCAACUUGACGUCAAUCUAGAGACUCCAGCAGGGUAAAAAAUGGCAUUUUUAAUUAAAAGUAUGGUGGGAAACCCACUGAAGGGAAUGGGAUUUGGAGGAGGAGAGGAAAAGGCUGAGGAGGAGACCCCCAAGGACCCCGCAGCGGCCGCCGGUAUGACUAGAGAAGAAUAUGAGGAGUACCAGAAGCAGGUAGUGGAGGAAAAAAUGGCAAGAGAUGCAGACUUCUUGCACAAGAAAGCAGAGAGGGCCACUCUGAGGGUUUGUCUACGAGAAAAAUACAGACUUCCUAAAAGUGAGCAGGACGAGAACAUGAUCCAGAUAGCAGGAGAUGACGUGGAUGUUCCCGAGGAGCUGCUGAAGAUGGUGGAUGAGGAUGCCACGGAGGAGGAGGAGAAGGACUCCAUCCUGGGGCAGAUGCAGAACUUACAGAACAUGGACAUGGAUCAGAUCAAAGAGAAAGCCAGUGCUACACUGACAGAGAUCAAGUCCAAGGCUGAGGAGAAGUGCUCUGUCAUGUAGUGGUUUUUAACACAUUCACACAUUUCUACAAACCAGGUCAGGUUUUUGAUGCAGUUUUGAUACAAAAACCAGGUCAGGUUUUUGAAACACAGUUUUGAAAAACUUUUUGUUUUUGACAUGUCUUCAAAUGAAAUUUCAUGUGAAAGCAUGUCAAAAGAAGUCACCCAAGUUUUUAGUUCCCAAAAGCUGCAAGAUCUGGCUCUAGAUCAGCUUUUCAGCUUCUCUUGCUUGGCUCCCAGUUAUGCUGCAGGACUUUUUCUUUUGUUUGUGUUGUUUGAAUAACUGAUGUUGUAGUCUAUUCCCUCCUUUUCCUUUUUUUUUUUUUUUAUUACCCGUAAUAUUAUAAUAUGCAAUAUUACCUGUAGAUAUAUCUAACAAACAUCUAACUUGAACCUGAGGCGGAGAAUCUCUGUUUAAAUCCCCCUCCUGCUUUUUUGCACAAGGGAUGAGAUGAAUGUGAUGCUGUUAUUUCUUCUUCUUCUUUUUUUUUUUGACAGCAGACCAUCUAGCAUUGACAUAUAUGAUAUUGUAAUGCUCAUUAGGAAUCUUUAGUCAUAUAUAUUAAGUUUUUAUGUGAGGUAAAUAGGCAUGAAUAGGAUUGAUGUCUCAUGUGUAAACAGAUUAAACACAUGAAUAAAACAGUGGAUUGA